AUGGGGGCGAGGGUGUAGUAAAGCUCGGUAUCAGCCCCCUCCCGGUCGACACGGCAACGUAUAAACAGAUCAAUCACGGGCGGUGACAUGCCAGUAAACCAUUCGCUGCUACUUAUUGAGCUAUAAAUAUUACUCCAUAAAAUAAAACGAGUGUUGUGCAAUAAAAGUUUUUGGUACGAACCUCUUUUUCGCGGGCUAUUUGAAUAUUCUGGCCGUUCGUUCGGAAUUCAAACUUUCAAGUUUUUGCCACCAAAAAGUUGACAUCGCUUGUAAUUAUUUGAAGGAUUUAACGUCUCGAUUUCGGACAACAAUUUGUGGAAUUUACAUUGUAGAGUCUAUACUAAGUGAAAAAUGGCAAAUGAGGCCGAAGAAACGGUUCGCAAGCUUGCUAUGCACAAGGGUGUGGCAGGAGUGAUUGUGGUAAACGGUGAAGGUAUACCGAUCAAGACAACUUUGGAAAAUCAUGUUUCUGUUCAGUACGCGGGGCUGAUGAGUUCGCUGGUGGACAAAGCGAAGGCGGUAGUACGAGAUCUGGAUCCCACAAAUGACCUGACAUUCUUGAGGAUACGCAGUAAGAAAAGUGAAGUGAUGGUAGCUCCCGAUAAAGACUUUAUACUUAUAGUGGUUCAAAAUCCUGUGGAAUGACAGAAGAUCUUGGCUCGUGGGCCAGUUUUAUGCUUAAUUUAGUUAAAAACCGCGAGUUUGUUCGCUUUACAUUACUAAAGACGUAGAUUGCUUGAUGAACAAAUUAUUUUGUCGUUAGUAUUGCUGUACUAAUGCUAUUAGUUUAGCACGGUUAGGGGCGGACCAUUGUAUUGUGUGUACCGUUAAUGAAUUUUGUUUCCAAGUAAAUUUACUUCCAUUAUCAAUUAUGUGGUGUAUCUUUAAAUUAUUAAAUUUGCGUUACGUAAUACGUCAAUACAUUACUUACCAUUUACUGGCACAUUAUUAGAAUGUAGCAAUUAUAUAUUUGGGGCUACAAGUGCUUGAAUAUGAUAGACUGUAAAGAACUAUGUACAGAUCGUACUAUACUAAGUGACGCUCUGUAUCUAGUUUCUUUUGCCGCUAUAUCUAGUUUAUGAAGGCUAUUGUUUUAUGGCAAAUAAAUUAUUUAUGCAUUAACUUUGUCCUAAAUUGUAUAUGAAAGGUCUAAAUAACAUGGUAUACCGCCCCUUCAUUACGGGAGCGUCAAUAUUGAGAAGCUGCGGAAUUUUAAGUAGGCUAUUAAUCAAAUGCAUUUACUUUCAAUGUAGGUACAUUCACAUAACAAUCACUGUACUAGUCGAAAUGUUGUUCAAGUGUACUUCAAAUAAAAUAAACGAGAGU